ACCGCGGCCGCCGAGCCGAGCGGCGCCGCGCGGGGCCGAGUCGAGCCGAGCAGCCGCCCGCGCCGCGUCGCCGGUUUAAGCGCAGUGCGGGGCCGCGGCCGGGGGCGGCGGUAGUGAGGACAGCGCUGCGCUCCAGCCCCCUUUUCCCUCCAUGGUUUCUCUCCGCUCCCGUGAGUAACUUGGCUCCGGGGGCUCCGCUCGCCUCCCCGCACGCCGCCCGCCGCCCGGGACCGCGCCGCCGGCCCCUGCUGCGAGCAGACCCCUUCCGACGGCCCUCGCUGCGCAGGCUGGGACGCCUCUCCCCCCUCCGCCCCCGCCGCGGAAAGUUAAGUUUGAAGAGGGGGGAAGAGGCAAACAUGGACAUGAAGAGAAGGAUCCACCUGGAGCUGAGGAACCGGACCCCAGCAGCUGUUCGAGAACUUGUCCUGGACAACUGCAAAUCAAAUGAUGGGAAAAUUGAGGGCUUAACGGCUGAAUUUGUGAACUUAGAGUUCCUCAGUUUAAUAAAUGUAAACUUGAUUUCAGUUUCAAAUCUCCCCAAACUACCUAAAUUGAAAAAGCUUGAGCUCAGUGACAAUAGAAUCUUUGGAGGUCUGGAUAUGUUAGCAGAAAAACUUCCAAAUCUCACACAUCUAAACUUAAGUGGAAAUAAACUGAAAGAUAUCAGCACCCUGGAACCUUUGAAAAAGUUGGAAUGUCUGAAAAGCCUGGAUCUGUUUAACUGUGAGGUUACUAACCUGAACGACUACCGAGAGAGUGUCUUCAAGCUCCUGCCCCAGCUGACCUACCUGGAUGGCUAUGACCGAGAGGAUCGUGAAGCCCCUGACUCAGAUGCCGAGGUGGACGGUGUGGAUGAAGAGGAGGAGGAUGAGGAAGGAGAAGAUGAGGACAAGGAGGAGGAUGAGGAUGGUGAGGAGGAAGAGUUUGAUGAUGAAGAAGAUGAAGACGAAGAUGAAGAUGUAGAAGGGGAAGAGGAUGAAGAUGAAGUCAGUGGGGAGGAAGAAGAAUUUGGACAGGAUGGAGAAGUUGAUGAAGAUGAAGAUGAUGAGGAUGAAGAUGAAGAUGAGGAUGAAGAGGAGGAAGAAAGCGGGAAAGGUGAAAAGAGGAAGAGAGAAACAGAUGAUGAAGGAGAAGAUGAUUAAGACCCCAAAUAACCUGCAAAAAAGAACUGUUCAGUAUUGGUUGGACUGCUCAUAUGGAUUUGGUAGCUGUUUUAAAAAAAAAAAAAAAUGGUAGCUGUGAUACAAACCCCAGGACACCCACCCACCCAAAGAGCCAAAGAAUAGUUCCUGUGACAUUCCGCCUUCCUCCACUUAGUCCCUCUUGGAAAUCCACCACCAAGCUUUGGGACUUACCCCAACAAAAUUGUAAGUGUUGUUAGGUUUUGUGUAAGACUCUUGCUGUAGCCUGGAUAGCUGUGAGUGGUGAGUCACCCGUCUGUGGCUCCCAGUCACGCCGAGAUUGUAACAGCAUUUUUACUUUCUGUACAACAAAGAAGCUUUGUAAAUAAAAUCUUAACAUUUUG